ACACAGGGACCAGCUGAAGACCAGGAAGGGGAAGGAGAGCAGACAACCAGCUGACAUGGUUACAUACUCUAAGGUGAGAAACACACAGUACUACAGACUAGAGGCUCAGAGACACAGGGACCAGCUGAAGACCAGGAAGGGGAAGGAGAGCAGAGAACCAGCUGACAUGGUUACAUACUCUAAGGUGAGAAACACACAGUACUACAGACUACAGACUACAGAGACACAGGGACCAGCUGAAGACCAGGAAGGGGAAGGAGAGCAGACAACCAGCUGACAUGGUUACAUACUCUAAGGUGAGAAACACACAGUACUACAGACUACAGACUCAGAGACACAGGGACCAGCUGAAGACCAGGAAGGGGAAGGAGAGCAGACAACCAGCUGACAUGGUUACAUACUCUAAGGUGAGAAACACACAGUACUACAGACUACAGGCUCAGAGACACAGGGACCAGCUGAAGACCAGGAAGGGGAAGGAGAGCAGAGAACCAGCUGACAUGGUUACAUACUCUAAGUCCCCUCUCCAGGAGUCUCUGAUAGACUUCACAGACAGCCACAUGAACAAGGUGGCAGCUGACAUCUCCCUGGCUGUGAUGAAGUUCAUGGGAGACUACCCUCUGAAGGGACAGACAGAACAGGACCUGGUCUCAACGAUCCUAAAGCUCAGUGGGGAGUAUGGUCUGAUGAAAGAUGAAGCCUACUGCCAGGUGAUGAAACAGGUCACAGGAAACACCAGCUCCAAAACGGACAGUUGUCAGAGAGGCUGGAGGCUCCUCUACAUCCUGACUGCGUUCCAUCGCUGUUCUGAGGUCCUGAAGCCCUUCCUUUUAACGUUCCUGUUGGACGCCUGCUCUGGUCCUGGAGUUCACUACCAAGGUAUAGCCAAGGCGUGUGAGCAGAACCUGAGGAGGACCUUCCAGUACGGAGGAAGAAUCGAACACCCCAACAGUAUGGAGCUGAAGGCCAUGCUGGCUGGGCGGAGCUCCAAGAGACAGUUGUUCCUCCUACCAGGCGGCAUCGAGAGACACCUCAAAAUCAAGACCUGCUCAGUGUCUCUGGAUGCUAUAGAGGAGCUAUGCAAUGACAUGGGACUGCACAGACUGGAGGCCAUGGAUGAGUACGCUGUAUUUGUGGUCACACACCGAGGUCAGAAUGUCCGUCCCCUCAAUAAGAGGGAGUACAUCCUGGACAUUACUACGGAGGCGGAGCCAGUGGACAGUAACUACAGCCUGUGGUUCAGGAGGGUCAUCUGGACACAGCCGCUAAAAUUUGACAACGAGCUCUGUGUCACCAUGCAUUAUAACCAGGUGUUACCAGACUAUCUGAAGGCCUUGCUGAGUGUGGUUCCUCAGAGUAAAGCCAGUGAGCAGCUGCUGCAGCAGUUGGCCAAGCUGGCAGCAUUACAACACCGUGCUAAAGAUACCGUCUUCCUGCCUACCAUGUAAUAAACACACCCACCCACCCAGUUGGCCAAGCUGGCAGCAUUACAACACCGUGCUAAAGAUACCGUCUUCCUGCCUACCAUUGGUGAGGUCCAGGAGUAUGUCCCCCCCCAGCUCUACAUCAGACAGCCUCCUCAGCCCUGGCU